UUGAGUUUGGUCUUGUUUUGGUUCUGUGUGGAAGUCUAAACGCGGUGCUGUCUGGUUCUUGUUCAAACACUGAAAUCUGGUCAAGCCCUGCUGCUGCUGCGGAUGGAUACAGGUUGCAUGUUUUCUUACCCUCAGGCUCGCCUGCCAGGUGCACAUCCUUAACAUUUCUCUACACCAUUACAGCAGUCAACAUGAAGCCCGAGAGGGAGGACAUCAUUUUUCAGGCUCUCCUCUUGAUCCACAUCCCUGUUGCCUGCCUCUUCACUGCAGUGUCAGGUCAGUCUGGCAGCAGCAGCAGUGUGGUGGUGGCAGGGUACAAUGUGAGCGCCCCCGCUGGGUCCAAAGUGCUGCUACAGUGUGUGAGCGGCCGCAUGGUGUGGACCAGAGACCAGCUAAAGGACAGGCAGAGGGUGGUGCACUGGGACAUGUACCGGGCCCGGCCAGACUACGCCAUGGAGAGGGUGCUGGACAUGUACUCUGCGGGGGAACAGAGGAUCUACAACUCCUACAACCAGGGCCGGGUGGGCCUCAGCCACAGAGCCUUCAGAGAUGGGAACUUCUCCCUGGUCAUCAAAGACGUGACGAUGAAUGACAGAGGUCUGUACUCCUGCAACCUCCAUCAUCUCUACUGCCACCUGUACGAGACAAUCAUGGUGCAGCUUAACGUCACCAAAUCACGUCGUAAAGAGCAGCGUUUCUGGGAUGGACACAAGGCGGUGUAUGUGGUGCUGCUCGGCAAUACCGUGGUGCUGCCGUGCAUCAACCGCCGUAAUGUGUGGACAGACUGGAGCCAUGAGGAGGAGGACCAGCAGGUGGUCCACUGGGACCGUCAGUCCCCAGGGGUCCGCCACGACCGGGCCAACCGCCUGGUGGAUCUGUACGCCUCUGGAGAGCAGCGCAACUACGGACCGCUAUUCCUCCAGAGGAAGAUGAACAUCAGCAGUCAGGCAUUCUCAGAGGGAGACUUUUCCCUUUCCAUAACUAAUCUGCAGCCCACAGACCAGGGCAUGUAUUCCUGCCAUCUCCACCACCAUUACUGCGGUCUGCACGAGAGAAGAGAGUUUCAGGUCACAGUGGAAGCACCGGUGAUUCAGGCCACCCUGCCAGCCAAAGCACUACCCAGUGAAGACAAAGACACCACUAAGGCUGAAUCACCGCGAGUCAUCAAUGUUAUCCUGCCCAACCAGAGACACCACUUUCUGAUGCCGCUGGGCUACGUCCUCACCUCCUUCCUGCUCCUGGCCUUCGUUGUACUCAUCAUCAUCCUCAUCACACGCAGACGUAAAACCAAAGAGUUUUACCCUCAACCAUCUAUGAGGUCAAGCAGAAGUGAGAGCAGCUCAGAAGAGUUUGAGAUGGACAUUGCUGAUGGCAAUGUGAGCAGUCUGGAGCCUGAAGGAGAGAAAAGACUUGACUUCAAGAACAACCUGCUGAAAGAGAAGGUCCACACUAGCACUCAGCCUAAAGUCAUUGAUCUUGACAAAGAGAUGCAGAAAUUCUCUAAGUGAGGAAGAGACAAAUAGAUGGCGAAACUUGAGUCACUGGCUGGUCCAGGAAGCUGCACUCCCAACUAAACACAUCCACGUGCCUUAUGUCCAGGCAAAGACAGCAGGAGACACAAUGUUGUGGAAUGUAGAAAAAUCAGUUUUUUAAAAACACCACAUUGAGGCCUUUUGUUGUUUUAAUGGUAAGUAUUAGAGACCAAGGAAAAUGUGUUACGUUUCUUUCAUUUUACUUGAUCAAGUCUGGACUUGGACCGUUGGCGCUACCUAGAGGGGACUUUUUAACAGUGCCGUGUUAAAGUAGCAAUGUGUGUGCAGCGCACGUUAACCCUUAGAUGCACAAGUGGGUCUUUUUUGACCCGGUGAGGUGGUUUUCUUGAAGUAUCUUUGUAAUCACAUUUUUUUUUAUCAUUUCAUAUUCCAGCUAUUCCUCAAAAAACAUGUUUUGGAUAUCAUGCCAUUCAAAAAAUGUAUUUACAUUUUAAGAAAUUGUAGUUUUUGUAUUACUAGC